AUGUCGAAUAAAAGUUUAGUUGUUAUUACUGGUGCUAGUUCAGGUAUUGGUGAAGCAGCAGCUCGAUCUUUCUCUCAAGCUGGUCAUCCAUUAUUAUUACUUGCUCGACGUCUUGAUCGUUUAGAAGCAUUAAAAUUACCGAAUACAAUUUGUGAAAAAGUUGAUGUUACUGAUCUUGAUCAAAUCAAAACAGCUGUAGCAAAAGCUGAAAAACAAUAUGGUCCAGUUGAUUGUCUUAUUAAUAAUGCGGGUGUUAUGUUAUUAGGAUUAUGUGAUACACAAGAUCCAAAACAAUGGGAACAAAUGAUACAAGUCAAUAUGAUGGGUGUUCUCAAUGGUAUUCAUGUUGUUUUAGCAGGAAUGAAAGAACGUCGUCAUGGAACAAUAAUGAAUGUUAGUUCUGUAGCUGGACGAAAAACAUUUCCAAAUCAUGCUGUUUAUUGUGGUACAAAAUUUGGUGUUCAUGCUUUUACAGAACAAAUCCGAGAAGAAGCAUCAUCUUAUAAUGUUCGUUUUAUUAAUAUUGCACCAGGUGUUGUAGAAACUGAACUUUUAUCACAUACAACAUCGAAAGAAAUUGUUAGUGAUUAUCAAGAUUGGAAAAAACAAAUGGCUGAACCAUUAGUAAGUGAGGAUAUUGCAAAUUCAAUGAUAUUUGCUUAUCAACAACCACAACGUGUUUGUAUUAGAGAAAUUCUUAUUUGUCCAACAAAACAAGAAAAAUAG